CGCACUGUGCAGUAUCUGACACACAUGACGCGAGGCCUUGAUCUCCGACGGAAUCGUGCGCCAGUAUGUGCGUGCUCCGUGCGCCCGGAGAUUCCGGAGGACCGACCUCGCCCGACUCGCCUUCGCCCUUUGAUCCACACAGGGUUACCGGGUGCGCCUCGAACCGCGUCGUCCUCGAAAAAUCAGCUGCGGUGCACUCGCAGACGCGACCACAGUCCAUUCAGCGAAACCCCGCGGCGAAGAUUUCCCUGUGCUUGGAGGAGCACUCGCGUUGAGAAGGCGGACGCGCCGCCUGGAUAAGGUCAGAUUUGCACGACGCGUCCCGCGGGAUUCCACGCUUGUCGGUGGGUGUCGGCCGGGACGCGUCCAAUACAAAUAGAGCGCGGGUGGGUAGUCCUCUUGCCGGGCUGGGGGGCCUGCCCGGUGCCCGAGGAUGACCGUCUAUGGAGCGUGCUCAUUCGUCCGACUCGUUGCUUCGAACAGGUCUC